AUGUUGGAAAAGCAUGUUGCACCAUCAGCAGAGCUCAGACACUUGUCUCCUAUUAAAGAAGAGUCUUCAGAACCUGCACAAGAAGACUGUCCUCAUAGUCCUUUUGGAUCGAGGCAAAGUUUCCCACCAAACCCAGAGGAAAGGCCUAUUAGACCAGGACUGAGAGAAGAGCAAAAAACAUUUGAAGAUUUUGUUGAAGAACAUCUCAAAACAGACCUAGCUAUUCUCCAACACCAGCAUCAGACUAAUACACAAACCGGGGAAGCAGAGAAGAAGAAUUUCCUUCGUAAAGGAGAAGGGGCAUCCAGAAUUUCAAAGGGUAAGGACUGCUCCCAAAGACUCCAGAGGAGACGCUCUGUUAGUCCACAAAUGCUGAACAUGAAGUUCAGGCAGCAGACGCUAUGUCUCACUGAAUUUCAUCAGAAGGAGAUGUCAAAUAGGAGCAGUCCUGGACUGAAGGGUGUAGGAAACCUCAGAGACCAAAAAUCGGGCCUGGAAAACUCUCAAAAGAAGACCGUUUUUCUACAAGAUGAUUAUUUAUCAUCAAACAAUAAAGAGCAAUUCAAAGCUUUGACUGCUGAUGACAAUGCAGUCUCACUUAAAAGUAAGCACAGUGUAGGAGUCGUGGGGAAAACCAAUGGAAGCAAGUCAAGUGGAUCUGCUCUGGCACAAAGUAGAAAAAGUGUUGGUUUUAAAAAAAUUAAUGACCACAUUGUUAAAAUUUCUGAGAAAAAUGCUCUAGCUACAAACUACAGCCAGAGUGGAUAUACAUCUAAAGAAGUCAGUCUAACUGACGAGGUGAUGGAGUCACUGGCUCUUAGCGAUUCCCGCGACAGCACUACCAGUGAGGACGGACCCAGCUCUCAGUCUCAGCGGCCGUUACUUCAUUACCUCUCAAGGCACAUAGACCACAAAGAUCAGAGUUUGGAUUUGUCAGACGGAGACUACGCUAGUGAUGCCCCGAGUGAGACUCGAUUCAAUGAAGGACAGUGCACUUCUACUCCUACGUCCAGCUCCUCAAGCUUCAGCAGCGAUUCUGAACUCAAGAGCUUACAGGGGUCUAUGGCUAACUACUUCAAAAAAACAGAAGAGAGGGGGACUGACAGUGACUUUAGACAACCUUCUGUUCCUGAACCCCUCACAAAGAUGUUCCCAAAAGACAAGGUUAAUCCAGAAGACACCACUCAUGGCAUGGCACUAGAGCAACCACGUACUCCAAUCAGGUUUUGUAGAAAGAUGAUUUCAUUGUUUUUUUGUUUUGUCAUUUUGUUAUUUUGAAA